AUCCGAUCAGAACGCCUCUCGUUGAGGCAGCAUUGAGGUCCUGCACGAAGUCGCAACGCUCUCCCGUAUCCCGCAGUGCUUUGCGACAGAAUAUAGCUCCAUCAUCGCGAAGAUAUGUCAGUGGUGGCAGAGACACAGCAGCAGCCCCCGGAGAACAUCAGAAGAUCACAGUAUGGGCGCCAAAGACACGGAUAGCAGUGGGCAUCGUGUUCAUUGGCAGCCUCAUCUACUCUAUGGCCACAGCAGAUAAAGGCCUUGCGCCACCUCCUCAAGAUGCGCAACAGCCUAAGUCCGGGCAACACCUCGAAAGUCCUUCAAUUGCCGAACGAGAUGUUCUUGCCAAACGCGAAUCCGGCGUCACCCAAAACUCACCAAUGCGUCUACGAAUGGAACAAUUCAUUAAACAAAAACAGCAAGAGAUUGUACGAGCACUAGAAGCUCUCGACGGGCAAAAAUUCCACAUAGACGAAUGGGAAAGGCCCAAUGGCGGAGGUGGAAUCUCCUGCGUCCUGCAAGAUGGCAAUGUCUUCGAAAAGGCCGGCGUGAAUAUCAGUGUGGUAUACGGCACGCUACCACGAGCCGCGAUAUCGAAAAUGCGAGUCAAUCACAAGGCAUUAGAUCCGGACGUUGAGAGUCUGGAAUUCUUCGCUGCGGGACUGAGUCUGGUCCUCCAUCCAAAGAAUCCAAUGGCUCCGACCGUACAUUUGAAUUACCGGUACUUCGAGACUGCGAAUUCUGAUGGCUCGACUAAUGCCUGGUGGUUUGGAGGUGGUACGGAUUUGACGCCUUCUUACCUCUUUGAUGAGGAUGCUAUACAUUUCCAUCGCACGAUUAAGGAGGCCUGUGAUUCUCACGACAAGAACUACUAUCCUAGAUUCAAGAAGUGGUGCGAUGAGUACUUCUUCGUGAAACAUCGGAACGAGACGAGAGGGGUUGGCGGGAUUUUCUUCGACGAUUUGGAUGAGACGGAGAAGGAUCAAGAAAGCUUGUUCGCGUUCUGUCAGACUUGUUUGAAUGCUUUCUUGCCUUCUUACCUGCCUAUUAUUCAGAAGCGGAAGGAUCUGCCGUUUACCGAGAAAGAGAAGCAGUGGCAGCAGUUGAGGCGGGGACGGUAUGUGGAGUUCAAUUUGGUGCAUGACAGAGGUACCGCUUUUGGGCUGAAUACUCCCGGGGCAAGGGUUGAGAGUAUUUUGAUGAGUUUGCCUCUGACGGCGAGGUGGCAGUAUCAGCAUGAGCCGGAGAGGGGAAGUAGGGAGGACAGAUUGGUGCAGGUUUUGAAGAAGCCUGUCGAGUGGGUGUAGAGUGUAGGUAUUGUACAGCAGAGCUAUACUUAAUGUACAAAAGGUUUACUGUGG